CGAGAAAAGGUUGAGUGCAAAUGCUGUGAUGCAUCGGACAAGAUGCAGUCACACAGACGGUCGCACACCUACAGGUGUUGGUUGACAAUUGGGCCAACCAACCGUCUGAUCAGUAUGAAAUUCUUAGACAAUAAACAGGGUAAGAUAAGGGGGAGCGUCGUCCGUGCGUUCGAAUCCUACCGAGGGGUGACUGAACUUCUCACAAUAUCAUCCACGACAAUCGUAACAAUUAGUGCACUCUUCCUAUUCUUGUGUAUCGAUCUACUCAUUCGCAUCCUUUUAUUCACCCUUUUUUCAUCCAUUCUAUCACAGAUGACAUAUCUGAAUGGCAGUAAGCCGGUUGCGGCUAGAUGUGAUACUCGUGGUCGAUGGCGUAAAUUCAUUCAUCCACAAUACCUGAACUGUGCCACAUUUGAACCGUUCCGCGAUCUGCGUGCCACCACGACCAGUAUUGAAAUGUACGUCUAUCUGGACGAGUUGAAUGACUACGCUUUCUGUCCGGACUGUUUCUCGACCGAGGUCAAAUCCCAGCUGUCCGGUGCGUUGAUCGUGAUCCACGCCGCUGACUGUCUACCCAAUGUGAACGACAAGAGUAUCAAUUUGAAACCGGGCUCGCUCACCGAGAUCCGUUUAUCGAUUGUGGAAAAUGUGCAAAAAAUGCCACCGUACGGGCGUUGUUCCCCGGAGUUGCCGGAAAGUUUGCAACUGUACGACACGGAAUAUGCCUACUCGGAAUACGCCUGUCGUGAGUCAACGAUCCAGAAUGAUAUCAUUCGACGUUGCGGGUGCUACUCGAUGGAAUAUCCGUAUAACGAGAAAGCCGGAUUGCAACCAUGCGGUCGCCUGCCCCGGUUUGUCAACCUGUCCACAUGCAGUCGAACGGUGACCGAGAGUUCGUUUCAUGGUGUAUUGUCCGGAUGCACCAUGCCUUGUGCCUUCUAUUCGUAUGAAGCAGAACAAUCAACCUCAUCGUGGCCUACCAAAGCUUGGCAACUCACGUUUCUCAAUUCGAGUCACAAUAGACGGUUAGGAGUGUUCCAGGGACCGGAGUUUGAUGUGUAUCGACGUGCACAAAAGCUAGCCGAGGCCGGGAAUGAGAGUGCAGCCGUGCGAAUUUUAGAAAGUGUGAACCUACUUGAACGUAAUCUGUUGGCCGUAUUGAUUAAUCGACCGAAUUUUGAUGUGCGUAAAGUGGAAGAGAAAGAAGUGCUCUCCUUGACCAGUUUGAUGUCUCAAACUGGUGGCUUGUUUUCCAUUUGGAUGGGGUUAUCCAUGAUCUCUUUGGGUGAAAUAUUUGAAUUUUUAAUGCGGUGUUACGUUAAAGCCAGACAAGCUAGACAAGCUCGAAAAGCACGUAAACUCUCGGCCAAAUUGAAAGCAUCAAACGAACCAGCACAACCGAUGGAAUCACAUCGUUUGACCAAUACAGCCGGUCUAACCUCGUCUAACUCCACCGAAAUGGUACAUCUGAAACAUUUCCCCGAGGAAGCAACAGCCAUAGAUCAAACGGCAUUUCCCCCGUCACUACGUUUGUCCGUUUUGCCACAGACCACCGAUGUCCACCCAUCCCACACACAUCCCGUUCAGCAUUCAGCUGCUGGUGCAACCUCAUGUAUGAUAUCUUUGCAUGAGAAUCAUUUACUCUGGAUCAAUUUCCUGGUGUACAUGAAACACGUUGGAACGUGCAAUCAAUGUGUUGAAACUGGUUCUGUUUGUGGACAGCACCACCAAUCGCAUGAUUCCCACACGCAAUCAGUGACUCCACGACCAGACAGCCCGGUCCCCGGCCACCUAAACAAUGCGAGUGAACGUACACCAGAAGGUAUGGACCAAGAACGUGUUUCAAACCGGACAAAACAGUCCAAUAUCGUAUGGGACAACGAAACGCUCACAUGUGAUUGA